AGCGACCACACACAAAGAAAGCGACAAAAGGUACACAAAAGAACAUAGAAGUUGAAAUACAAUAUAAGUACCUUUCUUUAUUAGAGUUGAAGACGAACCUCCAACCUCGAACAUGAAGACUCCUCGCCUGAUGUCAGCACUAGCCUCUGUUUAUCUGUGUUGAGGUGAAGGUUCUUUUAAACGUCUGACCUUCUCACCCCCUGACUAUAUAUAAGAACCCACCGCGACAACGACAAGAUGGCGAUGGCAAUGGCAGAGUCGCAGGUGCACGUCUUCCGCAAGAAGCUCGGGAAGCUCGCGGAUUUCGUGGGACCUGACGACAUGGAUGUGGAGCAGGUUAGCUCCAGCUCCACCGGCACCGCAAAUCCGAAUUCGCAACAGGAGGUCUUAUUCAAAGAAUUCUUUUCCAGCAACUUCUCGCGAACCCUCGCACAGGUGAAGGAUGUGAAGAAGCUCGAAUUUGCGCAGGAAUUGGACAAGCAUCUGCACGCAAAGUUUGACCCAAUAACUCAAGUUCCCUACCUCGACUGUUUGGUCUCGUUUCUGAUCAAAGGGAAGGACAUGCCGGAAACGCAUGAGAAAGCGCGUAGGUGCGUGCAAAAGGUUCUCGACAGGAUGGACUUUGACACCGAUGUGCCGGAUGAAUACCACAUGAACCCAAAGGCAGACAAGAACGAUCUCAUGGCCGGGUUUCUGGCGGCUGCGCAAACGAAUGCGCAGCUGAGUCUGAAGGACUACUUGCCAGACCACACCACCACCUCAAAAGCGUUGAAGGAGAUAGAGGGAGCGGCUUUUACGCAGGUAUCUCAUAUUGGAAAAUAAAAAAUAAUACCGACCAUAGGAGCAGCGUGUACUGUGUCGUGUAUUGAUGAAUGUAUCGCUGUUUCAUCACCUUCAUCACAUGAAGAUCGCUUUUGCAUGCAGCUUGUUCUCUUCCUUAUAGAUGCUAUAUCGAAGCUUUUCUUCUUUUAGUUUGCUCGUACACUACAUAGUUGUAGUUGCAGGUCUUUCUCUGGAACGUAUACUCAGGUAUGGAGCGUCUUGGGCAAGGAUGACCAGACGACCUUCACCAAGGACAUCCUCGCGAAAACGUACGUGGUAAACCUGACGGUGCAACGGGAAAUCGUGCAGCGCAUCGCACCCGCAAGGGAGUAUGUCGAGAAGGAGAUCGUGUUCACGACGUCCCAACUGAACAGUUGGCUGAAGCACGUGCCCAAGUAUCCCGCGACGCCCCACGUCCUCGGCGACUUGUUUCUCCUCUGCCUAAAGUCGAAGAACUGCCCCCUGUACCGCGCGAUCACCGACAAGGUGGCGCGGGAGCGGUUUCUGAUCGCCAUUUCCCUAGCAGUCCAUCUAGUGUUGGACGGCAAGGGGACCAACGCGUGGCUCUGCGUCGCAAAUCCGAUUCUGCGCAGGCAAGCCUACGACCUGCAGCACCGAUUCUUCAAUGUCAACGGGAAUAUGGUCAUGGGUACUGAGCCUUUUUUUUGCUUUCUUCGACGAUGGUCUACUUUUGUUCCAUGGGUGGAUCAUGUCGGUGGAUUCAAGCGACACCGAAGCAGCAAGUGCAUUGCCGAAAAACUUCAUCUUUGACCACGAUACUUCAAACAAAGAUGUUCGAAUGGAAAUGAACUUGGAUUUAUAUCAAAAAAUCUAUUCAAAAUAGCUGCAUGGCUGAAGUCGCGGAUAGAGACGCUGAACAAGGAGCUGAUCACGAAUCUGGUUGAAAAGCCGGGCAAUCUGGACGUCUACAGCCAUUUGCUGCCCUUGUUCAAGAAAAAGUUUGAACCGACGGAGGGCAAGAAGGAUCAGUCGGCCAUUGGGAAGAGCAAGGAUGAACGGGAGAAGGACAUGCCCACGUCCACACUAUUGCCCCCAAUGGCAGCAGGCGACCCGCCAGACAAGGGCUGGGUGCCAUCUGACUUGGUGAUUCGCGACCUGGAGCAGGUUCUGCUCCAGUUCGUGGAAACGUUCAUGCAGGUACUCCCGUGAGCAUGCAGCUUUAAGGACCUGCUUACACAUAGCUUUUGUUUGUUCUGUUUCACUUUGUUUCAAUAGCGAUCGUUUUUGUGCUGACACUAUUUGCUGCAACAAUGUUCUUCACUUGAAUUAUUUUUAUUUCUUAUGAUCGAAAGAGAAAGACCCCACUCUCUCAUCUCUCACUCACAGGACCGUUGGUUUUGCCCACACCACGUUCUCAGCCUCCCUCCCAUCCUAAAAGUUUUCAGUCACUACGGACUCAUCGAGCUCAGCCGCAUGGAGGGCUCCAGCAUCAUUAAGGUCCGACGUCCUCCGCCACAGGACCCCUCUGCAGCCGGAGCUCCCGGCACCGUGGGGGCGAACAAUCCCGGCGCAGCCUCUGCUACGAACAACCCGAACGCGCCUGCAGGGACGCAUCCCGCGCCGUUCGGAUCCCACCCGGCGGUCUUCGGCCAUGGGCAAAUCAUUGGUCCGCCGCCCGGGAUGGCACCUGGCGAAAUGCCACUGUACAUCCAACCCGACGGCACGAAGGGCCCGGGGAAGCCGUUCAAAGGCGGUAUACCGCCACCGGGGUUCAAGGGCGGCAUGAUGAUACCGCCGGGCAUGGCAGUGCCUCCCGGUGGCUUUGGCGGCGGUUUUCCCCCAGGCUAUCGCGGUCUGCCCGGCGCGAAGGGCGGUUUUGGACUUGUCCCUGGGCAGAUGGGAAUGGUGCCCGGAUAUCCGCAGAUACCACCCGGCGCCGCACCUCCAGGAUUGGCCCAGCCGCCGCCCGGAUCGUUUCACCCCUCGGCAUCUUCUACCGGCGUACAGCCCCCCUUGCAGUCCAAGGCGAUACCCCCGCACCUCGCCUCGCAACUGGCGCAACAGGAGCAGCUGCAGCAGCAGCGCCCGAAGUACAUGACGAAGGCGGAGUUGAACGACUUUUCACCGCAGAACAUCGUGGACUUGCUCGUACGCGAGGUCUUUUUGAAGUAUCUGAACGAGAACGAAUCCUGGGGCCUGAAAGACUCCGUGUUGGAACUCACGAAAGUUCCCCAGAUGGACGACUCCUGGAUGAUAUGCGGCAUCGAAGUCACGUUGCAGGCACGGGAUGGGCAGCUGUUUGUGUACAAAUCUAACGCCGCAACGAGAAAUAUGAGCAUCCAAGACUGGAUCGACAAUGAUCUGUGCAACACACUGAUCGCGAAGGGGUUGAAGGCGCCAACCAGAGGUAUACGACAUGGUUUGGCGAUUGAUGAAGUACAGUUGUGUGGCCACAUUUAUUGGCUUUGCAUGAUCAUUUUGUGUUUUGUUUUGGUCUUGCCACUUUUGUUGUACCAGUAGCUCACACUGACCCCCUGGAAGCGAAUAGCGGCUGCGAGUCACAACUUGAACUACCUACUCGGUCUUACCACAGGUCUCGCAACAAAGCUCGGCGAAACGGGUAUCGGCACCAAAGUCGUUGCUGGCCCCGGCGAACUACCCCCGCCCAUCGAGAAUGACGACGCUGCGGUUUUGGAUCCAAUUUCAGGCAUGCUCGUGAAGAACGGAUUGAUCUUCUCCACGUCUGACAGGUACAGAAUCUUAAACGACGUUAGUUUUGUCGUUUUAUAUACUUAUUUCGCCGGUGCACGACCGCAAUCAACGAUAUCAUAUAUAUUGUUCUGUGUCAGGACGCAGAAUUGGGCACCCGUUUGCUGCUAUGUGUGUGAAGUGCAAAUUUGAAUUCAUCUUCGAUCGGAUACCACAGGGUCGUUCCCAUCAACUCUGGCGACGAUCCUGGUUUCGUUCCUGCGUCUGAGAAGCAGCAAGAUUUGAAGCCUUUUAGCAGCGGUGACGACGACCAAGACCACGGUCCGAAUUCCGCCGCUUUUGCACAGUCCGGCCUCCCCGAUUUGGACAAAGCAAUUUUCCCAGACUCGCUUUGGGAGGACCAGCAGACGCUCGGCGCGCUGGUGCGGCAUCUGGUGAAGAAGAAAAUCUGCGACGAAGAGUGGAAGGCGCUGUGUCUCAGGUACGACUUCAAGGACGCGUCGGCGCAGGACCCGCGGAGGCACCAGGCCAACACGCUGAAGCUAUCAAAUGUAAAAAUGUCUGGGUCUGGAAGGUUGAAACUUGUGAUGCGCAUUUCAGAACACAGAAAAAUCUCUCAUGCAUGGGCAGCAAAAGUUGCCCACUUUCUGUCACCAAAAUCAGGGAUUUGUCAUGCGGAUUCGGCAUUGCGACUGCUUCGCGAAACCUGUAAUGCUAGAGCUUCCAUGCCAGACCUUCUGUGUCAUGCAAAAACAGCAUGACUCUUCCAGACCCAGACACUUUUACAUUUGAUAGAAGCACUUCAUUACGGAUACCAUGAAAAAGGACAAAAUCAGUGGCGAGAAGAACAUGGUCUCCAUGUGCGCGGAUUUCCUGACCGCCGAGAAAGAGAAGAAGAACAAGCGCGAAAAGGCGGCCGCGGACAAGAAGAGGGCCGCGGAAGAGAAGAAAAGAGAGAAAGAAGAGAAGGACAAGGAGAAAGAGAAGCGGGGACGAAAAAAGCGGAAACGCGGCGACGACAGCGACUCUGACGCUGAAAAGGACAACAAGCCGGCGAAGCGGGGGGCGAAAAAAGUCACGCCAUGACCUUUUUUCCAAGCGACCUGUUUUCUGCUGGCGAAGAUCCUUCACUACGGCAUCACAGUUUGUUUCACCGAACGAAACCGUCCCACGACCACGUGUUUGCUGUGCCGCUCCCUGGAAGAGCAGCAACUCCUACAAAGAAUUGGCAGUCGAUCUCGCGACGGAGGUUGCCACGUCUUGUGCGACAUUGUUAAAACCGCAACGAUGUUUCGUGUGAACAACGGUUUCAGCAGCGUCGAACAAGGCCAGGGCCAUCCACUUGACAUGAUCCAGUAUUUUGCUAAAACAUGCGCUGUAUGGCUGCGCGAUUGCUGGUAGGCACCGCGCGAACUCGUGACAAUUAUAUUACAACAAGGAUCUUUAUCUGCCACUUCCUCGAUAGAAGCGGAGGCGGAUGAGACUGGUGUGGAAAAAUUUUCUCAUGUGUUGCGAAGUAAGGGGAGACCACGGAAGGCGAGCUCAAAGAAAAUGUUGCUCGCGCAUCAGCGUAACAAAGAAAAGCGCGCACAGAGCGGCUCGAUCUAUACUACUU